AUGAAAAUCGUUAAGAGCGUGCUUAAAAGUACGGAUAUCAUUAAGCUAAAGCUUCGGCCGGUGACCCGAAUAGCUUUAACGAUCUUAACGAUGACCGACGAAGAAGAAACGGAAGAGAUUAGCAAAGAGAUCGAAGCUACGGGUACGAAAAAGCUAAGAGCAGCAGACCUUUACUUAAGAGCGAAAGAAUUAGCUUUGUUUGCAAAAAGCUUUUUUAAAGAACUAAACUUAACCUUUAACGAUUACUUAGCGGCGUUCUUUAUUAUGCUUACGAAAAAAGCUAUUACCUUUUAUUAUAAUCACGUUAUUAAAGCUAAGCUUCCGAUAUUUAAAGCUAAUGCUAUUACGGUAAAAGACUACUUCGAGAUUGAUUACCGGCGCGAGUGCUUUAAGAAGCUCGCUAAAGAGCUCAAGGGCAUUCAAAGCUUACUACGACCAAGUUUAAAAGACGAUAAGAGUUUUGCCGACAAGCUGUAUUCAGCUUAUAAAAACGUGCUAAAGACUAUUAUUACACGAAUAAACUUUGCGUUUACUUUUACCGCUGUAGUUGCCGACAUUCGCAAAGCUAUUGCGUUUGCAAUUAAGACCUACCGACCUCUCGCUAAAGCUAGAGCUUACGCGAGCUUUAGCGAGCUAUACGAUCACACUUGCUCUUACAACACUUUAAAAGCUGACUUCGAUUUAAACGAAGAAUACGAAUGCUUUAUUCAAGACCGCUAA